GGUCUCCGAGACCCCACCACCCACACCGCCCUUUAAACCGUUUUUAAUCGAAACCCCGACGGAAAGCGAUGAAUUCCCUGCAUCUCUGUUCCCUGCUGACCAACUGAGUGUCCUGAGCGAGCGGUCUCUUGCGAUGCAUCUUUACCGAUCCUAUCAGACAGUCCUAGCAUGCCAAGAAGCCAUGUGGGAAGAGCUCAAAGAUCGUAUUCGGAAUCGGAAAGAGGGGCUGAGGGUGUUUGGUUGGGAAGACGAUGAGGAGCUUGAGGAACUGCAAAGUCGGAAACGUUUUGAGAAACUGAUCGAACGUUUUAAAAGUGACAUGCAUAUUCGGAUUUCACUCUGGACCUCUUUGACGAAUUUUGGAUGGAAUAUACCCACGAGAGAGCCAUUGUCGAAAGCAGAGCUGAUUGAAGAAGAGCGUAUUCGCGAGAGUAUGUCGAAGGCAUCGCAGUUUGUGACCAUGGAGGAAAUCCAAGCCCCUUGCCGUUCAGUCCGAGUACUUGUCGGCUAUAAAUUAUGAUCUGAUGAUAGUUUUGCUGCAUGACCUUUUGAUGAACACGAUACGGGUAGUAGCCAUUAGUUCCCGAUAUUUAAACUUGUAAUAAGUAGGACGUAGCAGCGAAAUGAAGAGCAACUUUAGGGCAGCGGA